CUGCGGGGCCCGCCCGCCGGCACCAUGGUGGACAGAGGCCCCUUGCUGACCUCGGCCAUCAUCUUCUACCUGUCCAUCGGCGCGGCGAUCUUCGAGGUGCUGGAGGAGCCGCACUGGCGCUCGGCGACCGACGACUACAAGCGGCAGAAGACGGAGCUGCUCAAGCAGUUCCCCUGCCUGGGCCAGGAGGGGCUGGACAAGAUCCUGCAGGUUGUGUCAAACGCUGCUGGACAAGGGGUUGCCAUCACUGGGAACAACACUUUCAACAACUGGAAUUGGCCUAAUGCUGUGAUCUUUGCUGCUACUGUGAUCACUACAAUCGGUUACGGAAAUGUUUCUCCAAAGACACCCUCUGGGCGUCUCUUCUGCAUAUUUUACGGGCUCUUUGGAGUUCCUCUCUGUUUGACAUGGAUCAGUGCUCUGGGGAAGUUCUUUGGAGGACGUGCCAAGAGGCUGGGCCAGUUUCUGACGAAAAGAGGAGUAAGCCUGAGGAAAGCACAAAUCACGUGCACAGCUAUUUUCAUUGUUUGGGGUGUCUUGGUACAUCUGGUUAUUCCUCCAUUUGUCUUCAUGGUAACUGAAGGCUGGAAUUACAUUGAAGGUCUCUAUUUCUCAUUCAUCACUAUCACCACCAUAGGAUUUGGAGAUUUUGUUGCUGGUGUAAAUCCAGAUGCAAACUACCAUGCCCUUUACAGAUACUUUGUGGAGUUAUGGAUAUAUCUGGGCCUGGCUUGGCUUUCACUUUUUGUCAACUGGAAGGUCAGUAUGUUUGUGGAAGUCCACAAAGCAAUCAAGAAACGUCGGAAAAAAAGAAAAGAGUCAUUUGACAACCAUCCUCGGUCUAAAAAACCUCUUCAAAUGGGUACCUCAAAGGAUGUGAACAUUUUCAGCUUCCUUUCAAAGAAGGAAGAGACCUAUAAUGAUCUUAUUAAGCAGAUCGGGAAGAAGGCCCUGAAGACAAAUAAUGACAAAAUGAUUAAAGUGGAAAAUGUCAAGCAAAAUAUGCAGAAUGCCAGUAAAGAUGCUCAGGUGAUUUACACAAAGACCAAGUCAUUUGAGUAUGAUGAGACUUCCAUAGACAUUCAGAAUAGUCAUGUGCUGAGACACCUGCAUGAUAAACGUGUUGGAGAUGGCCCUUUAGAAGGAACAAUGUUUGUAAAUCAACUAGACAGGAUCAGUGAAGAAGAAGGGGAAGUGUGGGACUCGAGAGACUAUCGACCCUUAAUCUUUGAGAAUGCCAACAUAACAUUUGUAAAUGAAGAUGAUGAUGAAGAGGAGGAUCUCACAGAUGAUGAGGAAACUUCAAAAUCAUCCAUGGAUGAUAAUCUUGUAGAGGAACCUGAAACUGCAAAAAAACUAGUAAAAUUCCCAUCCUCUGAUGAAUCUACCUUCACCAACAAUGAGCUGGAACUUUCUGUGCCUUAUGAACAACUGAUGAAUGAAUAUAAUACAGUAAGCAAUGUGAAGGCUGCAACGUGAAGCACGUUUGACAAUGGUUUUCGGAAACUGGUCAGUGCAUACUGAACAACUUAAUGGAGCAAGGAGAAGAGCACGUCUUGCAUUUUCUUCUCUCUCUCUGAAAACAAAAGCGAGACCCAAACUAUUAAACUCCAGUGUCUUUUUUUUUUUUUUUUUUUUUUUUAAAGAAAGCUUUUAAAAUAACAGUUGGAUUUGGAGUCCUUCCCCUUCUUGGGAUUUUAUAGUUCCUGAACAAAUUAGAAAAGAAAAGACUAGUUAUUACACUGGACCUGCUCUGCAUUUGUGCAUUUCAUGGAGAAAUUAGUUUGGGAGUGAAACUGUACUGUUGUGGACAGACUGUUUUGGGCAUCAAAUGUGUCCAGUUACUCCAGUAGCUCUUCACCUUUGAAAACUUGGAUUUGAACUCUGCUUUGAUCACAGAUGGGGAAAAAAGAGGAGCAUGAGGUUUUUUAGGUGCCUGUUGUUAGUUGCUACCACAAAAGAAAUGGUACAACAACUAAUUGUUCUUAAUGAGAAACUUGAGAUGGAAUACCAGGGCACACAAUCUAAGCUGAUGUGCAUUGACAGACUGAAGAAGCUUUUAAAAUACCUGCUUAGAAUACAUUAGUGCUGGUCAAAAGACAGUGAAUAUUAUUUGUGUGAAUAAUUUUGUGAAUUAAAAUUCCAAGGGAACGGAUUGAGAAGGAGCSCUCUAAUGAAGAAAACUCAUUUGAGAUGAAGCUCACCUGUUGGGCAGCUAAUCUGCACAUCAGCCCCAGAACCGUUAAAGAUAAAUUGACUGGAAGAACUAUUGAUCAAAGCAUAUACAAGCACAAGCAGGUUGCAACUUUGUUUUUUUUUAAUGUUGAAAGUGUCCUUCCACUGUCCAUUUCCUAGAGGAAAUACUUGAAUGAACCUUAUACAGUAUCUAUGUACAGGUGAAGUUUUAGUGACGCUGUUCUUCUGAGAAAAAAUCAGCUUUGGAGGAGCAGACASUCUCCAGAUGCCCUGAUGCCUGUCAGAAGGGACCUUUAGCACUGCUGCUCUAGGCAGUGUGUUUGUCAGUAUUGUUGUUUGCUGUUCCUCCUUGCCUUGGUACUUCAGACUAGACUUGAAUGAGAUAGUUUCUGAAACAGUUGGUUCUACUUUUUUUUUUUUUUUAAAAAGCCUGAUCUGUAUAUGUACAAUGGUUAUUCUAAACCACUUUCAAGAAGGCCGGGUAAUGUCAGAUUUUGUGUAAAAGUGACAUGUUAUUAUGUGACUUAAGACUGUAAGGCACUUUGUUAAAGCGGACUUCAGCUCUGAGCUUUAGAAAGUAUUAUGAGUUGACUUGGAGGUGGGCUUCUCAUUGAUAUAGAGAAGUAUAUCCUUUAAUAACGUUUAAGGCCAAAUUUUUGCCUAUAAAAAAAAGUAUACCAUGGUUUUUAUUUUUUCUUCCUUUUUUCCAUAUCUAUGGAUUAAUCCAGGCAACUCCUUCAAAUCAGGCUCUUGAUCACAUGCUGGCAGAAAGUACUGAUUUCAGUUGUAUCAAACAUUCUUGGAACAGAAAAUUGCCAAGACCUUUGAACUUAUUAUGGCAAGCUCUGUUGUUUUGUUUAGUUUUACAGUACUUAAGUCAUUCCAGUAUGUCCUAAAGUUUCCAAAGUUCAGUGAGCACUUAAAGUUGUCUCACUUUCAUUGUCGUGCUGGCUGACUCAUUAGCUUUGUAAGAAAGGUUUAUGGAAUCAUGCAAUGCUAAUCUUGAUUUACUAAGUUUCUAAUAACUGCAAAUAGUGACUGCUGCUUGAAUUGCUGRCCUCUCCUUCCUCAUGAGGAAGAGGACACAUGGGAAUCCAUCUCUCUAGCUGGAUAUCCCGUUGACAAGAAGUUUUGAAGACAYCUACUGUGAAACAGGGGAAUGAUUUUAUUAAUUUCUUUUUAGAAGCUUACACAUUUAUGAGAUUUUCAAAUAGAGAGUUAACACAA